CACCAGUUGAUGAAAGCACCUUUCUUCGUAAAGACUCUCUGCAACCUCUCUUGCAAAAUUUCCAGGAGAUGUAUCAAAAUUGGCCAAAAAUUCAACAAAAGGCAGCACAAGAAACAUUAACCAACCAAAUCAGUAUUCCAAUGAUAGUUUUACAGGACCCAGUAGUGGUAUCUACAAGAGAACAUCCUUCUGGUUUCUCUAAAAUCGAAUUACCAACUCAACCAAAAGAGAUCCCUCCGGAUUCGAGUUGGAAAAAAAAUGAGGCAGUGUACUAUUUGCCAUUAGUCUGGGCAUAA